AUGGCAGAAAAGGAAGGAGGGAUUGUGAAGAAAGGGCACGAUGAAGGGAUGAAGAUGGCGGUGUCGUUGCUGCAAGAGUACGAGCUGCCGGCGGGGCUGCUGCCGCUCGGAGAAGUGGUGGAGGUAGGGUUUGUGAAGGCCACGGGUUACAUGUGGAUCGUGCAGAAGAAGAAGGUGGAGCACGAGUUCAAGAUGAUCAGCAAGCUUGUGAGCUACGACACACAGAUCACUGGGUUCGUGUCCCAGAAGAGGAUCAAGAAGCUCAAGGGCGUGAAGGCCAAGGAGCUCAUGCUAUGGCCGCCGGUGAGCGAGAUCACGGUGGAUGACCAACCCACCGGCAAGAUCCACUUCAAGAGUCUCGCUGGCAUCACCAAGACCUUCCCUGUUGAGGCCUUCGCCGCCGGCCAGUGA